AUGACUUUCAACGUCUUCCUUACCGGCCUCCUCGCAGCCACUGCCGCCGCCCUCCCCCAGCCCCACUGGGCCCGUUCCGGGGAGUCCAGCAUCGAAGCCCGCGGCUCCGGCGGUAUCCAGAUCGUCAACAACAUGGGUACCGACGUCUACUUGUGGAGCACCUCUGCCGAGAGCGGCAGCAUGCAGACCCUCACCUCUGGAGGUGGUGAACACAGCGAAGCCUGGGAUACCAACUCCAACGGCGGCGGUAUCUCUAUCAAGAUGUCCACCACCCAGGAUGAGGACAGCGUUCUUCAGUUCGAGUACACCCAAGACGGUGACACCUUGUACUGGGAUAUGUCAUCUAUUGACCUCGACUCCAGCUCCGACUUCAUUAAGGCUGGCUUCACUGCCACCCCUAGUGACUCGAGCUGCCGCUCCUCUACCUGUGCCGCUGGCGACGCAAACUGCUCCGAGGCUUACCAGAAGCCUGAUGACGUGAACACCUACUCUUGCUCUCUGAGCUCCGGUUUCACUCUCACUCUGGGAUAA